CCUUAACCGAAUUCCUUUUUUCUCUUUGUUCGACGGUGAUAUCAGAGACAGAGAGAGAGAGAGAAGCACCACUCCUUGCUCUGACUAUAUAUCUAUGUUUUAUGUCCGCAUGUUAUUUCUGCAGGCCAGUGCAUAGCAGCUUAGUUUGGUCGCUCAAUACUCAAGGGAAGCUAGUGUUUCUUCCAUUGAUCCACCAAGCAUAUGAUGUGUUGAAUCCUGCUCUCUCCUUUGCUCUCUCCUUUGCGGUUGGCUGCGAGCAUUAAAAUACGCAAUUCACUCAUCUUUGCUGCAGUUUACUUGACUAGCAGUUCAACUCCAUGGAAGGAAUUGAUGAUAAGUACACAAAGGAUGGGACAACAGAUAUCCGUGGGAAUCCUGCACUCAAGAAAAAUACUGGAAAAUGGAGGGCUUGCCCCUACAUCCUUGCAAACGAGUGCUGUGAAAGAUUGGCAUACUAUGGAAUGAGCACCAAUCUGGUGAACUACAUGAAGAUCCGCCUUAACCAAGGGAACGCAACAGCAGCAAACAAUGUUACUAACUGGUCGGGGACAUGCUAUAUAAUGCCACUCGUGGGUGCUUUUAUUGCUGAUGCCUACUGGGGAAGAUAUUGGACAAUUGCCAGUUUCAUGAUUGUCUAUAUAUUCGGUCUGACCCUGUUAACAAUGACAGCAUCAGUCAAGGGUCUAAAGGCUUCCUGCCAUGGUGGUGUUUGUGACCCAACUAAUGCGCAGACUGCUGUUGUUUUUGUGGCACUCUAUCUCAUUGCACUAGGGACUGGAGGCAUUAAACCUUGUGUCUCAUCAUUCGGUGCGGACCAGUUUGAUGAUUCAGAUGAAUCUGAGAAGAGAAGCAAGAGCUCCUUCUUCAAUUGGUUUUAUUUUUCAAUCAAUGUUGGUGCCCUUAUUGCAGCUUCGGUGCUCGUAUGGAUACAGAUGAACGUGGGAUGGGGAUGGGGGUUUGGGAUCCCAGCAGUGGCAAUGGCUAUUGCAGUUGUUAGCUUCUUCUUGGGCAGUAGGCUGUAUAGGCACCAGAAACCAGGAGGAAGCCCCCUUACUCGUAUCGCUCAGGUUAUCAUAGCAUCAUUUAGGAAAUGCAGGGUGGAGAUGCCUGCCGAUAAAUCUCUUCUUUAUGAAAUUACGGAUAAGGAAUCUGCUAUUGAAGGUAGUCGGAAACUUGACCACACAGAAGAGUUUAGAUGCCUUGACAAGGCAGCUGUGGUGGCGCAAGAGGACCAGACCAAGGCUGUGAACCCAUGGAGGUUGUGUACUGUGACUCAAGUGGAGGAACUCAAGAGCAUUGUGCGUCUCCUUCCAAUAUGGGCCAGCGGCAUCAUCUUCUCAACAGUAUAUAGCCAGAUGAGCACCAUGUUUGUACUCCAAGGCAACACCCUUGAUCCUCACAUGGGUCCUCACUUUGAGAUCCCAUCAGCUUCUCUGUCAAUCUUUGAUACCAUCAGCGUCCUUGUUUGGGUCCCAAUCUAUGAUAAGCUUAUUGUACCGGCAGCUCGCCGAAUCACGGGCAAUGAUCGGGGCUUCACACAGUUGACAAGGAUGGGCAUUGGCCUGUUGAUCUCCAUUUUCUCCAUGAUUGCGGCUGGGAUUCUGGAGGUUGUAAGGUUGCGGCUAGUGGCACGGGACAACCUUUACGACUCGAAGGACCCCAUACCCAUUUCUAUAUUCUGGCAAAUACCUCAGUACUUCAUCAUUGGCGCUGCAGAGGUUUUCACUUUUAUCGGACAGUUGGAGUUCUUCUACGACCAGGCACCAGAUGCCAUGAGAAGCUUGUGCUCUGCUCUGUCCCUCACCACUGUUGCACUGGGGAAUUACUUGAGCACUCUUCUUGUUACCAUUGUCACCCAUAUCACUACAACAAACGGGAGGCUUGGAUGGAUCCCGGACAAUCUUAACCGUGGCCAUCUCGACUACUUCUAUUGGCUCCUGGCGAUCCUCAGCCUGCUCAACUUCUUUGUCUAUCUUAUCAUAGCCAAAUGGUACACUUACAAAAAGACUCUUUAGAUUGCUCCGGUUGGUUGACGCUAUUGUGUCUAGUUAGGAUGGAUUGACAGCAAGCUUGCUGGAUCAGCUGUAGAAGAUUGUGCAACUGUGUGAUCGAAUGAAUUGCCAAUCAAUUUGCUGUCUUUUAUUAGAUUCUCGGAUUCUUAAUUUUAAGUGGCUUUAUCUUGUAAAUAUUUUAGAAACAUCAACUGGUUUAAUUCUUUCAAGUCUCAUUUAUGGUCAAGAAUA